AUGCUCUCCAACCUCGCUUACCUCCUAACCUCCAAAUCCAUCGCCCUCUACGUUCUAUACACUUUACACGUCAUGCUAGGUACCUCUCUCGUCUUCACCGCUCUCUACACAUAUAGCGUGCAUUCGAGCAAAGCGAUUGCGAAAGCUGCUGCACUCGAGGCUUCGCUGCUGAGUGAUGGUACUGUGAUGGUUGGGGUUUCGGGUAUGGGAUUUGGAUCUGUGGUGAAUGGAAGUGCGGUUGAAUUUGAAGAGGAGAUGGAGAGUUAUGGGAUGGAUGAGGUGGGUGAGAUGGGUGAGAUGGAUAUGGCGAUUGGCGGAUUAAAUGCUAUUGAUGAGAUGAGGAAGGUUAAGAGCACGAGUAUGAUGAAACUGAGUACUCGAAGAGCAGGAUGGGAGAAUGCGAGCACAGGGUUUAACAGGGGGAAUCUGAAAAGAAACGACGGUCAAGUAAAGUUUAGGGAGAUUUGUUAUGGAGGGGAUGUCAGGAAGGAUAUGGGGAUGUAUGUUCCUGUGAUAGGGGGAAAGGAACUUGAAUGGCUCUUGAGAUUUCUUGAGAAGCUUUUAGGUCUUGAGUGCUGA